AUGGAGAAGCUACGGCUGCUGCUGACGAUCCUCUGCUUGAUCAGCGCCCCCAGCCACACGAUUAAGAUUGGCAUCUCACACAGCUACAACAACACGGCCACGGCCACGGCCACACCGCCAACCACAGUGGAGCCUGCCACCACAAUCACACCUGCUGUACCUGCUGUACCUGCUGUAUCGGCUGUAUCCUACAUGACUGAAAGCUCCGUGAGCCCCCUGCCAGAGCUGGCCACCAGCACGCCCAGCCAGACUUUUCCGCCACGACCACAACCAAAGCCCAGUGCCACAGCUGCACCAACACAGGCCAGCACAACAGCUGCCCAGGCAGAGGCAGAGGCAGCUGCCACUGCUGAGGCACAGCCUUUGAAUGCCACUGAAACUACGCCCAAGAUACCCAUGAACUUUCCCGACGAUUCGUUCUAUUUCUGCUCCUGUGACCUGCGCUCGGAGAUGUGCGAUCUGAACUGCUGCUGUGAUCGCGAUUGCCCCACCGAGACCAGGCAGGUGUUCAGCUGCCUGAAGGUGCUGGCUGCGCCGCAGCUGCUCUCCAGAUUGGAGGACUUUCAAUACACCCACGGCCUGCCCACCUGCCAGAUCAACGACGGCUGGCUGUGUGUCUUUCGCAGCAACACAAAGCCGGCCAAAAUGAAGCCGCUCAUCAGGAACUUUGAUGCCUCGCAGUACCAGAAAUGGCCCGAUCCACUGGGCGCCUACGAAACGGAGGCCAUAGGGCCGCCAGCCCCGUCCACGCUGUACAAAUCGGGCGAACCGCUGCAACUGUGGCACCCAGAGAGCAGGCAGUCGACCACCUUUGAUCUGCCCACGGCCUACGAGGGCUCCCAGUGCCACCUGAAGCAGCUGAUUCGACACCUGCAGCCGCUGGCCAGCAAUUGCCGCAUGAGAGAUGAGGCCCAGCUGCAGGAGAGUGUGUGGGCGCUGCUCAAUCUGACUGCCAGCCACCAAUUGCUGCCGAAGCCGAGGGACUUGGAGGAGCAGCAGGUGGAGGCAGUCCAAAUACAAGUCUGUCAGCAGUUGGACAGCGGAAGAGUGCUGUGCGCCGAGCCAGGCAACGACACCCAGUGGGCGGGGGAUAUGCCCGUGGAGAGGCUGGAACUGCAGCUGAUUCACAAUUUCACAAACAUUCUGGCGGCGAAGCUGCUGAUCAAGGAAGCUGCUGCCGCAGAGGAUGACACGGAGCCCAUUUGGCUGCACUACGCGGUGACAUUUGCCACUGCAAAUGAAUCGCUGGCCAAGCCCAGCUCUGGGCCACUGGGCUACCUGGCUGGCGCACCUGUAAUCCUUUCGAGAAUGCUGCCACAGAACAGCAGCGAGGAGCAGCAGCUGCUCAGCUACUUUCAUGCCCGAAACGAUGAUCCGGACUACCACUGGCUGCCGCUCUUCUCCCGGAAGCCUCGCAGCGGCAACUGUCAACGCAAAUUGGAUGAAACGCAGGUGCUGCGCUUCGGAGUGGAUCUGGCCCAGCAGUGUCUGCUGCAUCAGGCAGCACCUCAAGCACCACAAGAGAAUGCCAAUGCCAAUGCCAAUCAGACGGAGUUCUGUCAGCGCCUGCAGGCGGAGAUCUGGAGGAAGCUGCUGCCCCACAACUGCAGCAGCCUGGAGGAGAUGAAUCAGGUGUUUGUGUCGCAGCUGGGCAGACCGCAGCCGGAGCGCUGGAUCCCCAUACAGCUGCACUUCGGGGAGAACGCGCAUGACGUGCCUCCGGUGCUGGGAUACUACGAUGAGGCGCAGCAGAGUCUGAGCUGCCGCAACAUGUUCCUGAGCGUCAGCUACGAGUUCCAUGUGGCCGAUCUGGCCCUGCUCGAGGGCCGUGUGCCGCAUCAGAGCGUCCUGCAGCAUGCCCGACUCGUGCUGGGGCAGCGACACGACCUGGAGUUCGAUGGCAGCGAACAGCUGGUGGAGCUGCCACUGGGCGUCUCGGCUAUGUUCUACAAUCUCGAAAAGAGUCGACCGAACGGGGCCGCCACUCUGAUCGCCCAUCGCAUCGUGGUGGCCCUGAUGCUGCUGCUCUGGCUGGCCCUGAAGGACAUUCAAAGCACGUCCCUGGCGAUGAGGGAAUAUUUAAUUUAGAUAAACAUUUGUAAAAGAGCAACAAGUAAAGCUUAGAG